AUGGACGCCAAUUCACGCCAGCUCAUUGAUGCUCAAUUUGACCGCGCAGUCGAGAUUGUGCAAGGCUUUCCCAAGACGGGGCCUAUUCAGACGGGGUAUGAGGACAAGUUGAACAUGUACAGCUUGUACAAGCAAGCCACUGUUGGCAAUGUGCAAGGUCAACGUCCGAACGUCUGGGAUAUGCUUGGGAGAGCGAAGUGGGAUGCUUGGGCGAAGCACAAGGACCUUGAUCCUUACGAGGCCAAGUGGUUGUACGUUGAAGCUCUUCUUAAGGUACUUCGCAAAUACUCCGACAAGACUGUGGCGAGGGACUUAGUGCGGGAAUUGGAAGCGUAUGCCGGCGAUCCCACCAACCUUGUUAUGAGCGAAUGUGCGACAGGUGUUACAUCACCUGGUUCAGACUCUUCCGGGUCCUCAGAAGCAGGUCCCUCAGGCCAGAUGGCAUCGGCCUCGUUGCGGCAAGCGCAGUAUGCACAAGCGCAGGCCCUCCAGGCCCAGCAACGUGGGCCUGGACCUGACCCAUUGGAGUCGGAAACGGACGAGAGCACUACUGACGAGGAAGACGAAGAGCUAGACCGGGUUCCUCAUUCCCUGGUUCCGCCUCACGCCGCAGGGCAGCUCAAUCGUCCUCAGUCGUCGCUCUCUUCUCGCCCUUACAGAACACCCAUGGCAAGCACUCUACUAAUGUCACCCCCACCGCAAGCUCUUGUUCCCACUUCUCAGCCUCACCCCGGAUUCCAAACGCAGUCGGCGUUCGCCGAGUCUUCUACAUCUAUACCCUCUUCUGCAUUCCCCCCCACUACCAGCCUCUCGUAUCCUGAACAACUCGCGCGCUCGCCCGAGUUUCCUCCAUCCGCCCAAGGCUACCCCUCCAGGGCAGGAUACCGCCCCCCAUCCACCACCGGCACUCGACAGUACCCACUCCAGGCGGGUCCACCCCGACCCGCAUCACUCCCACUACUUGAACGUGCGGUGGAGAGCGUGCAGGCGCACCUCGCCGCCAUCACCGAACGGCUUGAAACCCUCGAGGGCGUUGUCCACCACUCUACCGCCUCGCUCACCUCUAUCGGGCGCGGGAGUCCGUACGCUUACGGGCACGCCGGUGGGCGACCAGACGCGCCACCUCUGCAGUGGGAUCUAGACGACAUGGGCAUGUGGUCGAUCGUCCUCCGGCCGCUCGCUCGCGCACUCCGGCUCUUCCGCCAGCUCGCGGUCUUCCUCGCGAGCGGAGACGCGCACGGGGGCCGCACGCCGACCUUUGUCGUCAUCCGUCGGCUGUUCCUUGACAUCUCUUUCGUGCUGUGCGUGCUCGCGGUCGCCACGACGGGAUGGCGGCGGACGGGCGUGCGCCGGCGGGAGGUGUCGGUGGCACUAAACGUGCUGUGGAGGGCGAUCGUGGGCCAGCAGGCACCGCGGCACAUGGCGGAGAGGGGGGUGUAG